AUGAAUUUAAAAGAAGCCAUUUCAAAUAAUUUUAUUUUAAAUUCUCUUUUAAAUCAACAACCAACACACCAACUACAACAAAAUGAAUCGAUAGAAAUAAUUGAUAAAAACAAAGAUAAAGAAAACGAACAAUCAUUGUCAGAAUUACAAUGUGAAUAUUCAAUAUGUGCAAUGUUUUCAAUUUACUAUCCAAUUAUUAAAAAUUUUCAAAAUUUUUCAAUAAAUAAUGAAGAAAAUAAUAAUAAUAAUAAUAAUAAUAAUAGUCAAUCAUCAAAGAAUGAAGAUGAAACCUUUAUACCAAAACUUGUAAAUCCAAUAUCUUGGGGUGAACUAACAGAUUCAGAAUCAAUUUAUUCAACAUCGCCUUCCUCCUCGAUGUAUUCAUUUUCAGAUAUUGACGAUACCAAUAAUAACAAUAAUAAUAAUAAUAAAAAUAAUAAUUCAAGCCAAGACAAUGAUAAAAAUAAUAAUAAUAAUAAUAAUAAAAGUAAAAAACAAAAAAAUAAAGGAAUUAAAAAACUUUUUAUUGGUGGUAUCAAUUUUGAUGAUUUAAAAGGGAAUGAACAAUUAAAACAAAUUAGAAUACAAAAAUUAAUUCACUUAUUUCAAUCAUUUGGUUCGGUCCUUAAAACUUCUUAUCAUUGGGAUAAAGGAUAUUUUUUUAUUAGUUAUUCAAAUAAUAAAGUAUCACAAACUGUAGUUGAUUCAUUUUCAACAACUAAAAAAAGACAAAAAUAUAUUGAUAAAAUUAAAGAUUCUUUAAAAGAUUCUGAAAAAUGUGCAACCCCUCAAUUAAACUUUUAUGUUAGAUUCCCAAAUAACUAUUCUUCUGUUAGUGCUAAAAACAGUGGUAAUCAAAAAUAA